CAGAAACGUGAGAAUACAUUCCACCAGUUUAAUAAAAAAAAAAAAAAUAAUAAUUAUAUUCGACAUUUAAUCCCAGGUGUAUAUACGAGAUCAAUCGUAGAAUCCGAUUAUAUUUAUUUAAGAAAAAAAAUAAUUAAUUUCUUUUUUUUUUUUUUUUCAUUAAAACAUCCUAAGACGUUCUAUCGCAAGGACAAUUUUUUGAUCAGCGGCAAGUUGUUUAUAAAAGUAUAACAAGUACUUUACUAACGAUGGACAAUCAAGUGAAUGAUAUACGUAAAGACAGAAAUGUAACAGUCACUCUUGCCUUAUACGACAGUCGAAACAGGGCUCCCUAUACACUAUGCCUCAUUUUCAAAUAAGGAGUGGUCUAUUCCAAGAGAAAAUACUCUGAUAUUUUAUAUUUUUUUCCCAUUAUUAUAAUAUUUUAAAAAACAAUUUAAUUAUAUUUGCAAUUAUAUAUGAAAUAUAGCUAGUGACACAGAGAUUAUAAUUAUCAUCACACACACACAAAAGUUUAACACAUUGGUACAACUGACAGUGUCACUUUGAGUGACAUAAAAGUGUCGCUAAGAAAAUGUUCAUUAGAACUUUGUAAGAAAUAUAUAUAUAAAUUUAAAAUAGUCAAGUUUAAUUGUUGAAAAAAAAAAAAAAAAUGAAAGAAAUUCAUCAACAUGAUCAUCAUCUUCCUGGAUGUGAAGACAGUGGUGUUGCAACAUCUGGUGAACUUGGUGAUGCUUCAUUUUGUGGUGAAUACGAUGAAGUUAUAUGCGAAAUUAAAACAAGUAAUAAAAAAAAUAUUUUAGAUACACAAGAUCCAAGGUAUAUUGCAAAGUGUACUAUUAAACAACACUAUUAUCCAGAAAGUGGUUGGGGUUGGAUUGUCGUUAUAUCAAGUGUUAUGGUACAAAUACUUAGUUCUGGUAUUCAUGGAGCUACUGGUAUUUUGCUUGUUGAGUCUAUGAAAAAAUAUCAACAAAAUAUCAUCAGUGUAGGAUGGCUUGGUGCAAUGUCAACAGGUGUUGCUUUACUGGUUUCACCAGUGACAAUAGCUUUUUGUCGAAGAAAAAGUACAAGAUUAACAGCAGUCUUUGGAGGACUUAUAACUGCUCUUGGAUGUUUAUUUACAUCUUUUGCAUCGCAAUUUCAUCAAUUAUUUUUUAGCUAUGGUACUGUUGUUGGUAUUGGUGUUGGUAUGACCCGAGAUUGCAGUACACUAAUGGUAGCACAAUAUUUCAAACGUAAACGUGAAUUUGUCGAGAUAUUUAUAGUUUCUGGUAGUGGAUUAGGUAUUGCAGUUAUGUCAGCAUUUAUCAAAGGAGCUGUUAGUAAAAAUGGUUGGAGAUUAGGACUUCAAGCAGUAACAGUUGUCGUAUUAUUAACAUUUUUUCUUGGCACAUUUUAUCGAAGUGCAUCACUAUAUCAUCCACAACGACGUGCAAUAUUACAUUUAAAAAAUCAAAAACGUAAAAUAAAAGAUAAAAAUAAAAUUGAUGAUAGACCACCAUUUUUUGAUUUUAGUACAUUAAAAAGUAAAACUGUACGAAUUUUAUUAUUAUCAACUGGAAUUUCUGCAUUUGGUAUUAAUACACCAAUUUUUUAUUUGGCUCACCAAGCUGAAGAAGAAGGACUUGGUGAUACAGUUGUUGUUCUCCAAGCUUACCUUGGUCUAGCAUGGACACUUGGCUGUGUUUGUUUUGGUCUAUUAGUUGUUCAUCACAGUGUUGAAUGUAGAAUAGCACGUCAAUAUUUAACACAAGCAGCAGUAUUUAUGUGUGGUCUUUGUAUAUUGGCAUUAACAGCAGUACAUGGAAAUUACAAUGCAUAUGUUAUGUUUACAUGGAUAUAUGGUAUUUUUUGUGGUGGUUAUCAUUACAGUUUAAAAAUGUACACAUAUGAAAGAGUUCGUGCUAGAAAUUUCGCUAAAACAUGGGGAUUUGUACAGUGUUCACAAGCAAUACCAAUUGCAAUUGGUGUACCAAUAUCAGGAUAUAUGAAUAUUGGAUGUGGUGGAAAAGCUGGUUAUUAUUUCAGCUCAACUUGUGUACUUGUUGGUAGUUUUACAUUAUUUUUUAUUGAUUUACAUAAAAGAAAUUUAUCACGUCACAAACAUACACGAUCAAAUGGUACAAAGCAUCUUUGUGUUGCUGAAAAUUGUCCACAACGAAGAAGAUUAUCAUUUAGUCAAGAACCAGAUAAUGAUGGUACUGCAACUGGUGGUCCAGCAACAGCUCUUGUUAUGGGUACUGAAAUUUCACCUGGACAAGGUGAAAUGAUUGAUGCAUUGGGAGUUGAUAAACCAGAGCUAACAUGUAUUUCAGAAGAGGGAAUUGCUGAUAUGGAUUUACCAGAUAAUAUACUUGAUGAUUUAGAUUAUAUUGGUGAUUGCAUAACAUCAUGUAACAAGGUUGAAAAUUAUUUGAUGCUAUCAGAGUUUGAAAAUAAUCUUAUUGCUGAAAUGCCAAUUAUAAUGGAUCGUAAGGGACGUAGAUGGUCUUUGGCAAGAUCUAAAGGUACUCAAGGGAGUCAAGGAGGUGGUAAUAAUAAUGCCAACAAACUUGAAGAGGAUGAUGAUAUUAAACCAAAAUGGCAAUUGAUGGCUACUCCUAAUAAUAGACUCAUUACUGUUAUUGAUGAAGCUAGCACGUCUCACAUUGAAGGUUAAAAUGGAAAUCAACUGAUUCUUCAAUUAAAACAAAGGCAUAAUUAUACUUAAAAUUUUAACAAAUUAAAUUUCGACUGGAGUCGUUGAAAGUAAAUAAAUUAUUUAUUUAUUUAUUCAU